AUGUUUCAAUGCAGCCAGAUAAUUACCAACACCACCAUCUUGCUACCUAUCACGCGAGUCUCGGACGGAUCGACGCUAUCCACCAUCACCUCGACAAUAACGGCUGAAACCAUUGGUGCAUAUGGGAUUAAAGUAUCUUACAACUCAGAUGACAAGCUCGAACCGCCUCCAGACCCCGAGCGCUUCAACAAAGUGAGGCUUGCCUACGCAACUGAAAAGCUAUCGCAUGAUGACGGCCUCAGCCCACAGAUGAGAGUGGGCGUGGGUGUCGGUGUGUGUUUCGCUACCGGGCUCAUUGCGCUGGGUGUUCUCAUUUUCCUCAAGCGAAAAGGCGGUUCGCCUCACAGUCACGCCGCAGAUAAUGAAACCUUACUGUCCACACGCAGUACGCCUAGCUCUGCCCGGCAUAUCCACCGCAAACCAGUUCCCUCGGUACGCUCUUCGGAGCUGUCUGUCGGAGAAACAGCCAGCGAUGAGGGAUACCAAGCUUUGAGCACAAGUGAGGUUCGGGUCGACUCGAGCAGAGGUGUCGCUCGAAGUCGGGGGCAUCGACGAAAGCUUCUCGAUGGUCUCUCUCUCUGGGCGUGGGAGAUGCUUUCGUUGUUUGUGAGCGCUCUGAGCUUGGCUUCCAUCAUAAUCAUUCUCAAUGUUUAUGAAGGUCGACAACGGGAUGAAUGGACGGCAAGGCUCUCCAUUAAUGCCGUUAUUUCUAUCUUGUCGACAAUCUUCAAAGCAUCUCUUGCAUUACCACUAACUGAAGGAAUCAGCCAGUUGAAGUGGCUUCUAUUUGCGCAGCAGCCGCAAGCUCUGUCCGAGUUGGACAUUUACGAUAAGGCGAGUCGAGGGGCGUGGGGCUCAGCAAUGAUGAUUGUCGGGCAAUUCAAAUCCGAAACAAGAGCCAGCUAUCUGGCUAGCUUUGGGGCUGUGCUUGCUCUCAUUGUUUUGGCUGCGGAUCCCUUUGCGCAAGCUACCAUUUCGCUGUAUAGCUGCCCGCGAGGCGGGCUCGAGAUUGCAAGCAUUCCUCGAGCCAAUAACUUUACUGCGAAGCGAGAGAAGUAUAGCCAUGUCGUUUACAACACUUUCGACAUCUCCAUGCAGUUGGCCUCGUACCGGGGUGUCCUGGAACCGCCAGCGAACAGCUCCGCCAGUGUUUCGGUAUCGUGCACCACGGGCAAUUGCACAUUUCCAGAGGAUAGGGGCGCGACAUUCACGAGUUUGACAAUGUGCGCUCAGACAUGGGACAUCUCCGACCGGAUGAAAGUGAGAAAUGGCACCCUUGGCCACACUUACUACGUCGGUCCCGACCAAAUGAUAGGCGUAAAGGACUACUUCAACAUGAGUUCUAAGAAAGUGCCUGGUACGUCGUUUCUGGAAAGCGGCAGUCUCUGGAACCGCACAAGUGUUAUUGAUGUAUACCUCAUGAGUAUGGUCAAGGACAACUCAACGAACUGCAAACCGCCCCUCUGUGGCUACUCACCGGACUAUUCCGCAAUGUUCAGACCGUCUGCUUUCGUCUUCUCGCUUCUCCCUUGUCUUCAGACCUUUUCAGCAAGUUUGAAUCGGGGUCAAUAUAGUGAAAAGGUCAUCUCGGAAGACUAUCUACACUACAUACCGCAGGGCUAUGGAUAUUAUCAGCUUUCCCCGAACCAGACCAUGGUAAAUGGUACUAUGAAACAGUGUACGGGCACAGAGAACCCGGAUGAUGCGAAUACCAUCCCAGUGUACAAGAGUUACAACAAGUCGGCAUCGGCACCGCGCCUGUGGUACUCACCAGAAUGUGUGUACGAGUUUUAUGGUGGUGAUUACCUGGCUGAUUUCCUCGAGUUUACAUUCUUUUCGAAGCAAAGGCUGUCAAAUCAACCAGCAUGGGUGAAUCAACUCUGGCGCAAUGGUACAACUGACCUUGCAUUGGUUACAGACUUUGCUAAUGGUCUAGCAACUUCGCUCGGCGCGCUGAUGAGAACAGCCGCGACAGGCCCGAACAUGCUUCGGGAGGCUCGUGGUACAACCCUGGUGGAAAAGACGUGCAUCCGCAUCCAUUGGGGAUACAUUAGCUUUUUCGCCUCGGUAUUUGUUCUGGAAGCUUUAUUUCUAGGUGCCGUGCUCAUCAUGGGCUAUCGAAGUAGGCUGCAUGUGGACUGGAAGUCUUCAACUCUAGCGGUCGCUUUUUUGAGCGCAGGAAACUCGCGAUCGGGCGGCUGGCGUGUGAAAAAUCCAGAGUCUGAAGGCAGUCUUCAAGAAGCAGCGCGAUCUAUGAAGGCGUCCCUUGACGAUGCAUCGGGGCACUGGCAGCUACGAACAAAGGAACAAAAGUCUUGA